AGAAACUUGGAUUUUGGGCAAAGAAAAAAGGGCUUUUGGCUUUCACUGGCCGUGGACUGGGUCUACUCCGGAGGCCUUGUAUUCCCCAGUUGAGCCCCGGCCUCCCUUUCAAAAUCAGACGAGAGUGUAUACAUGCCGCGGGUCAAGCUUCUGGGAACUCAACGAACAGUUCCAAAAAACAGACGCCGGGUCGUAUUCCGAAGCGUGCAAGAAAUCCAGGUACCGCCGGGUUCCUUUGCUAUUCUGAUGAAUCUUCUUAUGUUGUUUUUUCAUUCAGGUUUUUUCAUUCAGGGUUUUGCCAUUUGUCAUGGAUUUUCGCGGGCCAUCACGCCAGCCGGACAGGAGGAGCACGCGAUGCUGCCCCGGCGGUUCUUUUCUCCUAUGGCUCCGCGCUUCGGGCCAGAUGAAAUAAGUCCCAUGCAUUUUUCCUCCACCUAGCUUUGCCCACUGCGACUCUGCUGCGGGGACUCCAUCUUUUCAACAAAAUCAAGAAGGAAGAGCCUUGACACUUAUUUUUU